AUGGCGACCGGCCUGGAUGAGCUUUUGGAAUUUUUGCUCUCAGAAAUUGCUCUCCUCGGGGUUCAAGGUGCAAGCAGCGCAGACUUUCGUCGUUUCAUUCAAAACUUCUAUAGCCAACGUCAGGAUGAUGCGCACUCCAAAUCCGAUGACCAGAGCGGGACAUCUCCGACGACAAUCAGUCUUGGCCGCAAGUUCUAUGAACGCACCUGGCAAUGGCUCACUAAUCAUCCGGACAUCCGCAUCGUCUACAAGGCAGAGGUUCAGAACUACACCCUCUCUGAGUUCGAAGCGGCUGAACUACAUGAGACGGGCACCACUGGAGACGCACAUGCAGCAGAGUCUGACCAUGGCUCGAGCGCCUCUGUGAUCAAGAAAGUACAUCCCUCAAAGACUGUGAGCGGUCUGAGAGAGGCCCUGCGGCAGAGAAUUCAUGGCGAGGAAGGCGGGCCCAGAAUACCUUCUAGCCUACCAAAUCAAGCUAUAGUAUCUUUAUCUGCUGGUCGGCCGUCUCGGAGUGUGGUAGAAGCUCCACAGAUCACGACAGCAAUUUUUGAUGAGCCUAACUCGAGCAUGACUGCGCCCCGUCUGUACACAAGUCAAAAUAGAGUUUGGCAGGCAUUGACCGGUCAUGGAAUUGAUCUGAAGAAGGUCCCAAGCAUGGAGUUUGUACUACUUUCACUUAUCGCUGCUCGUGGUGCUGCUGGUAUUACACAACCGGAGCUCAUUGCUAUCAGCGGUCAGGACAAGCGAUCUGUGCCGCACAGAACAGAUGAGCUGGCCCGUAAAAAUUACAUAUCCAAGUAUCCUGUUCAGUCGAACAAGAUGCGGACCAGUCUUUGCAUUCAUACAAAGUUCGUAUCUCAGAACGCUUUCAUCGAGUCCAGUGCUGUGGAGGAUGUAUAUCAAGACGAUGGAACAUUCGUGGUCAGAAGCUUUGCUCAGUUACUAUACAAUAAAGUGGGUGAAGGGGGUAUUGUUCCCACGCGGACCAUCAGGCAGAAGCUGGGCGUACCAAUGUCGGCAUGGAACAAGCGGGCUACGCAAGGUGCCCUGAUUCGAUUAGAUCAGAGCGGAAUGAUCAAGCGACGCAGGAUCCGUAAACAAAAGUCUGAGGAUGCUUGGAUUACCUGCAUCCAAGUACUGCGUGCGCCAAGAGAAGAAGAUCUCAAGAAUCUUGGUUUUCGACGUACAAUCAAUCCUGCUGAUGGAUCGGGUGCAGAGCCGCUCGACGAAAGCGCUGAUGGUGAUGACAUAAUGAAAGAUCUUGAAGACGACAUGUUAGAUGACUGCGAACCUAGUGUCAAUUCUCCAGAUAACACGUCUGCUACCGAAAAACCUGAAACUAUACCUCCGCAAUGGACACCGGAUCACUUUCUCCCCAACACAGUCUUCAAUGCCGUCGCAUUGGGUGGUCCACGUGGAUGGGAUGCCGAGACUUUGCGCGACCGAAUCGUCGGGCCAUUCUGGAGACGUCCAAUGGAAUCAUAUUUCUCCCGCAUAACAAAUGACUGGGAAAAAACGCAACCACUCCAUCUUCGACACCUAGCCGUCAUUCGAGAUCAGGGUGUGACCGAUGAGAAGAAAUUUCUCCAUUACGUCUAUCGCACAUACGCCAAUUUUGAAAAGGCUGUAGAGCUUCAGUAUGCUCAUUGGGAAGGUGUAGCCAAUUUCGGGCCUGACGAGGUGUUUAAUCCUAGCAAUAACGGUGCAGUGUUGGAUGCUUGGGGUUUCCCUACUAUCAAGCCAAGCAACCUGGUACGAGGAUCUGGUUCAGCAACACUGUCUGAGGCUGGCGCAGUCAUUGUAAAGCAGCGCAAAUAUGGAUCCCGCUGGGACAAUGCGUUGGGACAAGAGAUCAGCUAUCAAAAGCCUUCAAAAAUUGUACCAAAAGAGAAAACGCCGCGUAAACUAGGUCGACCGAAAAAGAUUGCAAAAGCUGUCAAAGAAAAGCCUGUCAAAGUAGCCAAAGACCCUGAACCGCCGAAGAAAACGUCAGGCCUUUCACUCACACCUGAAGAGAUGAGGUCGCUAGGCCUAGAUCCCAAUGUUCGUUUGAGCAAGAAUAUUCAGAGGCAAAUCCUUGCCCACCGCCAUAUGACAGGAGAUCCAACGUCGCUACCAGACACAGUUGUGCAAGACCAUGCUAAGCGCCAACUCAGUGUACCUCUUAUGACAAAGGAAGAGCGCGUAGCGGCUGGUUUGUCUGCAAGAGGACGUUUGGGUAUCGAACAAGAAAACAAGAUCCGAGAGGAGCGCGGGCUGCCCAAGUUAGUCAAGAAGGAGAAGAAGCGAGUAACAAAAACAAACAAGGAGCCCACACUACUCAGCAAACAGCAAAGAAUAGCACUAGGCUGGAAGGACCAUGGCCGAUUACCACAAGACCUUAUCGAAGGUCUUCGUAGGGAGCGAGAAGAAGGCAUUGCUCUCGAAGAUUCGAAGGUCAUUGCCAAGUAUAUGGAUGAGAUGAGGGCAAAGGCGUCGUCGUCAAACACACCCAAAAAGGCCAAUGGUUCCACUCGAAAACUCGUUGAAACAACAGAAGAGCUUGACGAACCCGAGGAAGAUCAACCCACGGACGAAGUAUCAAGGCCUGGUUCCACAGAGCAAGAGUCUCUGGAAAUUUCCUCGCUUCGCAGCGUCUCGGGGAAGCGAAAGGCUAAGGACCCAGUGACCACCCCAGUAUCAACGAAAAAGCGGCGCAAGGAAGCAAAUAGUCCGCAGAAAUCGACCCCAGUGCCCGUCCCAUCAUUUACGACAUUUCCGGAAACCGUUAUCAACCGAUCUGAGAGCUGUGCUCCAUCAGCAAUUCUUGACAAGCAAAGCGUAGACGACACAAACUCGCUGAUCGUGAAAGAUGCCGGUCGACCAGCUGAGCCAACGACACUGCCAACGGAUGAGCUCAUUCUACCAAGCGUGGAAUCUGAGCCUUGUUUGCGACCUCCGACAAAGGUCUACAUGACUCCCGACACCACUAAACUCGACGAUGAAGCCCUGACAGCCAUUGACCAGUACGAGAAGCGAUGUUCACCUGGGCUUUAUCUCAAUCCCUAUGUGAAGCAAAAGGUUGCAAGAGGUCGGCCACGGAAGGCACUCAUGGCGACAUUCAGGUUGCCACGUCUAGUGGAGAUGGACUGGUAUAUGGCAGAAGACGCUCGAAGAAAAUCAACUAACCAUGACCGUGUCACGCAUACUUCCGAUACCACACAAGAGCCCACAUUUCAGCGUGUGGAAGAGAUGGUUGUCUCAAGACAUGCCUCACAUGCUGCGCAAUCGGAGCAAUCACAAGCGAAAAUGCCAUUGCGAAGCGACAUGGAGACGCGGCACGAUAUUCAGAAUCACACCCCGCCACCUUCCACACCUGGCAAAGCCUCAGUGGAAGCUGAGGGAAUGCCAGUGAGCCGCGAAAACAGCGUUAAUCAAAGGACCGAGACCAAUAUGCCUGAGGUCCCAGACCCAGACCCAGACAAAGGCAAAAUCCAACCACAGGCUGUCUUUGAUGUAUCAAGAACACAAUCACCGCGACCGAUCCCAUCAUUGACACGCAAGGUAGGCGGCUGGGCACCCAUCAAUGCGCCUGACCCCUCACAUAUUUCUCCGUAUCAAAGCCCUUAUGCCAACAGUCCAACAUUGGAACCUCAACCACCAUCACAGACUCCAAAUGUUGGUCAUGGCAGUGACCAAGCCCCCAUAGCUGACGGCUCACAUCUUCUUACCUCUGAGACGAGGGAUGACCAAAAGCUUCCCGAUGGUAUGUACACGACUAUUGUGGAAGCUCCUGUGCCACCCGUAUCAGGCACCAAACCAAGGGUUAAAGAGCAUGUAAGAGGUGGCAGUCAGCGCCGUUUCAGAGAAAAGGUGAUCCUGGACAUCAUCAAACGCUGCAAUGGCGUAUUUCCCGGAGGAGGUGAGAUCCUGCGGCCAUUUCUUACCCUUUGGCGCGAGCGACACUCCAAUAUUAAAGAACCAUCUCUUAGCACUAUCAGCGAAACCCUCAGGAGUAUGGCUGCCCGUCCAGAAUUUGGAUUGAAGCACUGGAACUUUGCUUCACAGAACAAGAAUACUCCAGGCACAACCACCCGAAGGAUGUUUACAUGGGCGCACCUGAACGAAAGGAGUCCAGAAGUCUUGAAGCUAGCGCACAAUAUGGCACAGUACUCUCACCAAAAGGAAUACACCACUCGUGUAUCGGAGAAAUCUCUUUUGUACUACCCUGAAGAAAUACGUGACCUCAUUGGCGACGUCGUCUCGUACCAGCCCGUUCAGGCCGCUCCCAAGGACGAGAGCAUCGUCCUCGACCCAUCAAAUCCUGAUAUUGAGAAACAAAUCAAGGACGCUAAACAGCGCCGACAGUCUGAAUUGAAGAAACAAAGGAUGCUAGAAAUCAAGGCUCGCAAAGUUCAAGAUGCUAGGGUCGAACAAGCGCUCUCAAAGCUACCUCAUGAUUCUGAUGGUGUGCCGCGCGCGAAACGAGCGAGACUGGCAAGUCUGAACGACAAAAGUAAGCGCAUUCGGCGGGCUCCGCUGUACUCUGCAGAUGUGCAGACGCUCAAUGAGGAGUAUGAUGAUGCAGAGACUGUUGGACCUGACGUUAGCACGGCGGAUAAACCUGGACAAGUUUCACUGGUAUGGAUGCGUCCUAUCAUCGCGCCUGCACCUGAGCGUGAACCAGUACCGGCUGAGGAGCAGUCUGAGGAUGAAGAAAGUGAAGAUGAGAUAGCUCAUUGGGAAGAGCGAGCAGCGCAUGAGAAUGAUGAUGUUAAGGCUCAAGAUCCCUUGCCAGUUAUGGAGUCCGUCGAGGACCAUCUCCAGGAAGACAUUGCGGCGACCCAGCCUGAUCAAACGGAGCAGAAGGAAGACUCACCCGAAUCUCUGGAUGCUGCGACCGCUAGCUCGCCUGCCGUUGUCAAGAAUAGCAAGAAGCGUGUAAGAAUUGUCGCCCCUCAGGACCGAUCCCCCAAUAAGAGGGCCCGUCUAACACCUGUGGCUGCGGCUGAGCCACAGGAUGGGGUAUAUACACCACAAUCCAGCUCGGAUGAUGACCGUGAAGGAAACCGUCGUAUGGCACAGCUCGGGUCGAAGAAGCAGGGUAGCGGUACAGCUCACGGUCGCCAGCGAAGCAAGCGAGUCCCUCCUCCCACAUUGCUUGAACGUCUUACUGGUCUUACAGGUGACCAAAAUGAUCCAAUAUACCAGCAGCCGCAGAGUGUUCCAAGGUCCAAUUUGAUAUCACGUCCAUGGAGUGAAAGGAAGCAAAUCGAAAGACACAGAAAAGAACGACAAUACAGCAAAACUUUUGAUCAAGUGGAUGGGUUUAACAGGCUCUUCUGCGCCUUUGUGGUGGUCUCUUCUUUGUCUGGAGAAGACGGGUCAAUGGACUGGGGUCUUGUCAAGCGCGUAUAUGUGAAUGACAAACGUUUCGAUCUGAACAUGGCUCGGAAGCUAUGGUCCUGGAUGCAGAAUCGCAUGGCUAAGCAGGUGAAUGCUUUGACAGUAUCAUUCCAAUCACUAUACCUGGAAGCUUAUGAGACUGGCAAAGUUGCUGCCAUCGAGGAUCCUGAGACACAUGACUGGGCAGGUCUCGUACGAUGGGCGACAUGCAAAUGUACUUUUCCCGAACUUCCUCUUCCAAUUCUUCGGGAAGCACUACAACAUUUUGCCAUUGAAGAAUCGAGCUACGAAAACUUGGAUCGUGUUAGUUGGUUCAAGGCCACGACAGCGGAUCGAACAAGAACCAUGCUCCAACUUCAGUAUUCCUUUACCGCUCCCCUUCAUCGAUCGCGGAAGCCGGCUUGGUCACCUAAAGAUAAGCUUCUCAAAGCACGGUCAUGGGUUCGGGCAAAUACAGCGACACCACAAGCUCACUAUGACGCGAAUUUGGCACACGAGAAGCUCAAGGACUUGGGCGAAUCAACUUUGGUCAAGGUUGUUGGCAACUUCGUAGAGAAGCAGCACCUCAGGAUGCGAAAACUUAAGCGCCUUCUACCAGGGCGUAACUACAACUUCACUCAGACACUGGCAAAGAAAUACGCACGAUUGUUUCAGCUCGAUGAUUUCAUGACCGCAGUCCAAGUCAAGAAGAAGAUGGAUGCCGCUUUCGUAAGCGAAGAUCCAGACAUGUGUUCCUACAACAUUUCACGGUGUGAAGAGGACAGUGCUUUUGCAGCCAUCAUGACAAUGGUCAAUGAGGGAACAGUCAGACUUGUUCCUCAGCUACCUCCCAUAAACAACGAGCUCAACAGUCCGCUUCCUAAGCUAUCAGUAUGGGGGUUCUGUGAGGGUGGCUACAACCACCGAGCAAUUGAUCGGAGCCGUUUAUUCUGGGACAUUCAUGUUGUCCCCACGGAAAAGUACAGGUUUGGCAACCCAUUGCAGACACUGUCGUCUCCAACCUCACCCAAGGACGACCAGUCGACCACAUCGUGGCACCCUCUACCUGAGCCGCCUCUCCCUGGCAAGUACGACGCGCACGCCUUGCUUCCCAUCUGGAGCAGUAUUGAUGGUCAGCAUGUGACAUGGGCCUGGUGGUACCGCGUCCUAAAUCUUGUGUUGCAGCCGCUGGUUUUCAUGGCUGGCGCUACUGCAAUGGAUAUUCAGGCUCAUUGCCCUGAAAAUACCACUGAGCUCUUCGAAAUCCAGCUUGUUUUGGAUUGGCUCGAGUCGGUCUGCGCAGUCAAGAAAACUGUCGGUGGUGGUUACACCACCCUUCCAGGCUUCUGGGGUGCUUUCGGCGACCAGUUGCACGAUACGGAAAAUGACUGGUUCGGCCAGCAUGUCAAGCGGAAGCCGAAGAACCAUGAUAAGCAGCGUUGGCGCAUGGAAUACAAUACGAGACACUCUGCAUUGCAAGCCCGUGAUACACAACGUGCUGAUACGACCCCCGCUACGGACGAGGAUGGCGAUACAAAUACAACAGAAGCAGGCGCAUUGGAGACUGUCACCAGUCGUCAGAUUUUGAAGAAUCCUAAGCAACAGUAUCGUAUCAUGCAGAAAGCUCUCGAUGCUCAGCCCUCUCGGGAAGCGCAAGACAAGUCCGGCUCUGCAACAGCCGACAGUCCCGCAGUCACUGGAGAACAUACUAGGCAAAGCUCUGCUACAGAGCCCCGUUCAAGCACUACACAAACACCAGAGACAUCAAAUAACUCGGAUGAUGAUGUCAAGAUGGCAGAUGCAAGCGGGGGUGCAGGAGGUGUGGAGGAUGUCGAUGCCGAAGGCGAAUUUGACGAAGACACACGUUGA